UCAUUACCUUGAGAAUAAUAUUUCUUCUCUGUUAUACUCUUCAUCUUUAAGAUUUUAUUGCAGUAUUCGUUCAUGGUAUCAGUCGCUCGGUGAUUCUCGGGCAUGACUUCUACGCACUCUGCUGAGUCCGAUUCUGCUGAGCUUAAUAGCUCGACGUUUCUUGGUGACCGGGUGGUCACGUCUUUCCCUCGUCAUGAGGUUGUGAAGUUAGAUGACGGUUCGUUUGUGCAAUGGCAGCAGCAGAUCCGUCUUAUACUUCGUGGAUACGGAUUGUUUGGCUUCCUUGACGGAUCAGUGAUGGUUCCGUCCGCUGAUGGCAGUCUCGUUGUCAACCCGUCUAUUUUGGUUUUUGACCAGCAGGAUAGUUUACUAACCUCAUGGCUUUUAUCCACGAUUGGCUCAUCGUUCUUGACUUCCUUCACGGAUGUUCGGACGGCACGAGAUGUUUGGAUCAUGGCGAACAAUCUGUUUGCGGCCGAUUCCAGCUUGAAGCAGUCCCACUUGCGUCAUGAACUUCAUUCGCUUCGGAAAGGUAAUCUUUCUGUUCGUGCGUAUGUAAAUAAAAUUACGAGUUUGUGUGCCUUGCUUGCAGAUCGGUUCAGAUAUAUCGGAGGCGAACGAGCAGCGGUUACGCAUCGCCUCUCCUCGGAAUUUGAUGCGAUCGUUUCUUCCGUAUCACUAUCCUCGGAACCCUUACCGUUUCAACGAAUCGUGGAUGCCUUACUUGAGUGCGAAGCUCGACAGUUGCGAUCCGCUCUUCAGUCAGCUCCGGAGAUGUUGAUUGCUGCAAAUGCCGUGGAGGGGCCGCAAUCUCAGGAGACGGAUGUUGCGCUUCGUGGAGGAGGUCGUUUUUCUGCUCGUGGCCGCGGCCAUUUUUUUCGUCCACGGCUCCAGUGUCAGAUCUGUAGUCACUUUGGGCACCUUGCGCAAAAAUGCUAUUACCGUUACCAUCGUGAUGAUUCAUCUCCAGUUGACGUCUCGGGGUCACGACGUGGUGAUUUUGUGCCUGGAGCAAAUGGGAGAGCUGAUGACCGAAUGGGGAUGAAUGAGUUUGGUGGUCAAAAUUGGAGAAAUAGUGGUCAAAAUUGGAGGUCUUCAUUUUGGCCUACUUUUGGUGGUGACAGUUGUCUCCCACGUGGGCCACAUGCAAGGCCUGGGUGUAAUGGAUUUAAUCCAUUUGUUCAAAGUGGAAGUGGGCAGCAUGGUUUUAUGGAUCCAAAAUCAUAUAGUAAUGGGUAUGAUAUUGGUGCCCACAGAAAUGACAUGGGCCCGCAAUUUGGUGAUGCAUCUUUGGGUGUUCCGUAUGGUCACAUGGCUCCUCGGCCACGUGGGCCCAGUGGGUUGGUUCGGUCUCGUUCAACUCAUGAUCCAGUUGUUCCUGAACCUUCUGCUAACUGUGUCGGUGUUGACCGAUCUUGGGAGACUGUUCAUGAAGCCCCAUGGAGGACAAAACCACGAGCUCGGGUGUUUAGUGUUGAGUCGUCUCUAUUUGAUUCGUCUCAAUUUGUUGGGCUUCCACCCACGAUUUCUGAGUUACAUGCUUCAGAUUACUCGGUGCUACAAAGAUAUGACUCAAUUUUAAUUCUCUUGGUUCAUUCGUUCCAUUCUUGGGUGGCAAGACAUCCCGGUGUCCGGACUCGGGUGCUACUCAUCAUGUUUGUAGAAAUGAUUCCACUUUGCGUGGCUCCACUCUGUAUUCAGGUAAAGCUUCUCUCUUAAUGGGUAAUGGUGUGACUACUAAAAUUUCAUCUGUUGGGAAUGUUAUUUUUCCUACACCGAUAAGAAUCCUACAUCUCUCAAAUGUACUGUGUGUACCGAGCAUUCGAAAGAAUUUACUGUCUGUGUCUCAGUUUGCUACUGACAACAAUGUAUUUUUUGAGUUUCAUCCCUCGUAUUGUGUGAUUAAGGACAUUCAGACAAGGGAAAUCUUGAUGCGGGGCCAAGUUCGUGAUGGGCUCUAUCAUUUCUCAGCAGGUUUGGAUGGUUCGUUUCCUUCUGUUCACAAUGCUGAUCUUCAAGUUUGUUCUCCGGUCACUGAUAUUUUUGGUUUGUGGCAUAAACGGCUAGGGCAUCCGGCUGAUAAUAUUGUAAAAACUGUUCUUGCAAAUUGUCAGAUUUCUUACAAUAAAAGUCAUCUUAAUGGUGUUUGUGUAGCGUGUCAGAAAGGUAAAUCACAUAAGUUACCUUUUUCGCAGUCUCAAACUAAGUAUGUUGAUUUGUUUGAAUUAGUUGUUUCUGAUAUGUGGGGCCCAACUUUUGUUCCAUGUGAAGGAAAGUUGUAUUACGUUUCCUUCAUUGACAUGACUAGUCGUUUUACCUGGGUUUAUCUGGUCCGAUGCAAAUCUCAGGCUAUAGAUUGUUUUGGUCAAUUUCAGAAAAUGGUCUUCACUCAGUUUGGGAAGACUAUCAAGCAAUUUCAAAGUGAUUGGGGAGGUGAGUUUCGUGCAUUCUCUUCUGUCUUAGCUAAUCAGGGGAUACUUCAUAGAGUUACACCUUUAUACGUCGAACAGAAUGGUGUUCUUGGCGUAAACACGUACAUAUUAUGGAGACCGGCCUUACGCUCGCUCAAGCUAAUUUACCGAUGGAUUCUUUGGGGUUAUGCGUUUUGUACUGCUGUUCAUCUUAUUAACCGAUUGCCCACAUUCGUUCUCGAAGGGAAGACUCCGUUUCAAUGUUUGUUUGGUCGUGAACCGACUUAUGAUCAUCUCCGAGUGUUUGGUUGUUGCUGUUUUCCGUAUUUACGUCCGUUUGGCAAACACAAGCUUGAGUUUCGGUCUCAGCCUUCUACGUUUUUGGGGUAUAGCCCGCGUCAUAAAGGUUAUUUUUGUCUAACACCAGAUGGGAAAGUUAUUGUCUCUCGUUAUGUUGUGUUUGAUGAGAAUCAAUUUCUAUUUCCGAUGUCUCCUACUCUCGGUGACAAAUUGCCUCUGAAUACCACUACGUAUGUCCCAGUUGUUUGACCUUUGGUACCUACCGAGGUUCGACUAGAUCCUGUGUCUGGAGUUGAGGUUUCUGUAGAUAGUCAUAGUACUGACCAUUCUCAGUCUGAUCGAUCUAAUUCUAGGUCUGCUAUUCCAGAGGAGGCUCCCUCUACUAUAAUUUUUCCUUCCGAGCCUCCUGAUGUUCCUCUUGUCCCUGCUACUAACACCCAUACAAUGGUAACUAGGUCUAAAGCUGGGAUAUUUAAACCCAAAGUCUUGUGUGCUGGAAACGUUGAAGUUAAGCCCUGUUCUGUGGCAGAGGCUCUUGCUCAUCCAGACUGACGACUAGCAGUUCAAGCUGAGUUUGAUGCUUUGUUGGCCAACUCGACACAGGAACCGAGUUCCUUCCUCCCGCCAAAAAGCAAUCGGUUGCAAAUGGUUGUUUAAGAUUAAGAAGAAUCCUGAUGGGACGAUUAAUCGUCGAAAGGCACGAUUGGUUGCCAAGGGAUGUUCCCAGGUACCUGCCUGUGAUUUCAAGGAAACAUUCAGUCCGGUGGUCAAGCCUACUACCAUUCGAGCCAUUCUAUCUGUUGCGGUAACCAACGGGUAGCAUCUUCGACAAGUUGAUGUUAAUAAUGCUUUUCUGAAUGGAGACUUAACUGAUGAUGUGUACAUGCAACAACCUCCCGGCUAUGAACAGACUGGUCCAAAUGGUGAACGAUUAGUAUGUCGUCUGACUAAAGCAUUGUAUGGCUUACGGCAAGCUCCUCGUGCCUGGUUUGACAAGUUAAAACAGUUUCUUGUUUCUGCUAAUUUUACAUUGUCAAAAUCUGAUGCUUCGUUAUUUGUUCGCUCUUCUUCAGACCAUAUUCUCUAUGUUCUUGUCUAUGUAGAUGAUAUUGUUAUCACUGGCAGUUCAGUUGAUGAGAUUAACUGCUUUGUUCAGCAACUUCACAAUACGUUUGCUCUGAAGGAUAUGGGGGAGCUUCAUUAUUUUUUGGGGAUUGAGGUCAGUCGAUUUCCCUCAGGUAGUCUUCAUUUAUGCCAACGCAAGUACAUUCGUGAACUUCUUGCUCGGAGUUCUAUGACUGAUGCCAAGAGCGUUCCUACACCGAUGGUAAGCUCUUCUAUGUUGUCAAAAGAUGAGGUGACCUCUCACGAUCCAACUGAAUAUCGUAGUAUUCUUUGGAGCACUUCAGUACAUUGUUUUGACACGACCAGAUAUUGCGUACGCUGUUAAUCGGAAGUCUGAUAGGUUGUCCUUGAUUGGCUAUGCCGAUGCAAAUUGGGGACUUGAUUUUGAUGAUCGUCGGUCUACUACGGGAUGUUGUGUGUCUUUUGGUCACACACCUAUUUCUUGGUGUUCUAAGAAAAAACAAGUUGUUUCUCGUUCUACGGCAGAGGCUGAAUAUCGAAGUUUAGCAGCAGCCACUAGUGAUGUUACAUGGCUGGUCUCGUUGUUAACGGAGUUACAACUCAGCUCGAUUGAUCCUCCGACAGUAUGGUGUGACAAUUCUGGUGCUGUAGCCGUUGCUGCUAACCCAGUUCUCCACUCUAAGUUCAAACAUGUUGAACUUGAUUUGUUUUUUGUUCGAGAAAAGGUGGCUCGUGGUGAGUUGGUUGUUGGCGAAGUUUCCGCUUGUGAUCAAGUAGCGGAUAUUCUCACUAAACCGUUGUCUGUUUCGACGUUUACCCGGUUUCGUCAUCUUCUUCGGGUCGUCUCACUUGAGGAAGUUGGAUGCAUGUUAUAGUACCUAAUAUACACGUGUUUAAUGUGUAAAUAUCUAAGUAGUUAGUCAGUUACAAAAGCUGGUAUUUUGUUAUGCUAUCUUGUUAAUAGUAGUUUACAUUUCUUCUCUAUAUAAGCAUGUAUCUAAACAAGUUAAAGCAGCUAAGAAUUCAUUACCU